GACAUUGGGUCUCUGUAGCAGCUAAGUAGUGAAACAUGUGAACAAAAAUGGGCAGAAAUAACCAGCGAAAUUGUUGCACUAGCCAGGUAGCAUGUUGCUGUGGGAAUGCAUCCUGUUCUUCACCAUGUUUACCGCCUAUCAAAGAAUCUACCAGUACAAGGCUGAUGUAUAUUCUAUAUUACCUUCUUGGAGCUAUUCUCUCAGCUGUCAUGGUCACAGAAACCAUACGAGAAUCAUUGCAUCGGGCUCCAUGGCUGGUAGAUUUCUGUGAGAAUGUCGGUGCCGGGACAAACUGCAGUAGCCUGAUGGGAUAUGUAGCAGUGUAUCGCAUCAACUAUGCCCUGGCUGCGUUCUUUCUAGUCAUGGCUGUUUUGACUAUCUGUGUAGGCAGUAGUAACUCCAUCCGAGGACAAAUACACAAUGGGUUCUGGUUCUUCAAGUUACUCUUCUUGAUUUUGCUAUGGGUAGGUGCAUUCUUCAUACCUACCCCUAGUCAAGCUGUAACAGCAGGAUUGGUGGUGGGCUUCACGGGGGCGUGUCUCUUCAUUCUCAUGCAGCUAUGGCUUCUCAUUGACUUUGCAUCAUCCUGGAACCACAGUUGGUCAAGGAAGUAUGACGGAGGCUCUAAGUGUUGGUAUAUUGGCCUUAUAUUUUUCAUCCUGAUCUUCUACGCAAUAUCCAUCCUCAUCACAGUGUUUACUAUUGAGUUGUACGGCAAGCCAUUCUUUGCAUGUCUCAGGAACACACUCUAUGUCUGUUUUAGUGCCACAGCCUGCGCCAUUCUUUCCGUUCUUACCAUCCUGCCAUGUAUAUCAAGAAAUCAUCCAAGAGCCAGCUUACUCCAAGCGUCCAUCGUCUCGGCAUACGUCAUGUACCUAACAUUCUCAGCAAUUGUCAUCGAACCACCAAUGGAAACCUUAACUGAAGUUGGCUACAAUGAGACAACGAAAACAAGAAUCUAUAACACAACGUUGGUAUUGUGUGCCCCAACUAGUAUAACAUCAGCCAUCUUGGUAGAUAGUUCCUACGGCGAGCUGCUUAGUGCUGCAGUGGCCACCAUUCUACUCCUUGGCAUGGUCCUAUACGCAUGCAUACGCUCUACAACCACUACAUUUGUUCCUGAUGAAGAAGGCACUGCCAACAAGAACUUUUGGUGCUGCUGCCAUAAAGAUACUAAUGGGGAUGAAGUUGACGGACCACAUCGUAGUUGGGGAGCCAUUGAAAAUGAAGCUGAGGGAACUGUAUACAGCUAUUCAUUCUUUCAUUUUACAUUCCUCCUUGCAUCACUUUAUACCAUGAUGACCUUCACCAACUGGUACAGCCCUGAGAAUGCCACUUUAGAGAACCUUCACCGAACGUGGCCCCCUUUCUGGGUACGUCUUGUCUCUGCCUGGGUGUGUGCCCUUCUCUACGCUCUCAAGGUCAUUGUCAUCAUGUGUCGCAGUGAUCCUGAUCCUGAUGAAGAGCCUAAUAGGUAGUUAGACAUGUUAUAAUGCAUGCUCUACAUGUAGUUCACCCACAGAGAUCAAGAAGAAGAAGAGCCCGUCACAGGAGUACACCUUUGUGAUUGCCAUUCCUUCAUAUCCUGGUACUUGGUCAAUUUCUUAGCAUGCCAGAACACUAAUAGAGAAGCGCCCCAUCAUUUUCAGGAAAUGUUUUUAUUAUAAAGAAACUUGUUAGUACUUAAAAAUAUAUUGCAAACGAAUGUACAUGUAUGCACAAAGUUGGAUUGGAGAUUGUAAGAGUGCAAAAAUAUAUAGAAUACAUAGAAUAUAUCAAGUGAGGAGAGAGAGAGAGAGAGAGAGAGAGAGAGAGAGAGGAGG